GCCAAAGAUGUCGGCUCGGUCAUGUGAUCAGCUUUGUCCAAUCACAGCUGAUCACUGAUCAUCAGGGCACUGAUGAUCAGUGUGGCCCCAGAAGUGCCACCUGUCAGUGUCCAUCAGUGCCAGCAGUCAGUGCUAAUCAGUGCCACGUACCAGUGCCCAUCAGUGCCACGUGCCAGUGCCCAUCAGUGCCACAUAUCAGUGCAUACCAGUGCACAUCAAUGCCACAUAUCAGUGCCCAUCUGAGCUGCCUUUCAAUGUCACCCAUCAGUGGCAGUCAGUGCCACCUAUCAAUGCCAAUCAGUGCCACCUAUCAGUGCUGCCAAUCAGUGCCAGUCAGUGUCGCUUAUCAGUG